UUCAGGUUUGUUUGCCGGUCUUCGCAGCACCAUUCACCAAUGUGAUAAAAUUAGUUCUACGUGUAUGAUGUAGGUCAGGAAAGAGAAGAGAGAGAGGAUGGUGCUCCUUGCCGCUUCUUAUCCAUCCCUCUGGGCUAUGGUCCUUGGUUACUAUCUAGUCAUCCAAAUCAUCUCACAGCCUGUUGCUGUGGCUGGACGACAGUUUCACAAGCUGCAACCAUUCCAGCGGCCAUUCAAUGGCGUAGCGGAAGAAGAAAUUGAUUUGUUCGGACAAGAUAAGCGGAGAAAGCCAGUCACCCACACCCACGACAGUGAUGAUAUGUCACUGAGCAGCGUGAGCGAGGCGGACCGCCGGAUGGUGGAAGAGCGCUUUCCGCCACAACCAAAAGUGGGUGUUCAUCCACGCGUGCACACUAGUCCAGAUGAGUUACCGGCGUUGAGGCAGCACUUGUCCACGACCAAAAUGGGUAAGGUGGCGUUCAAAUCGCUAAUGGACGCACUGGCCAGAAGGAUCAGCAAGUCUCCUCUCGAUGCCCUCUGGAAGGAAUUGAUCGCUGGGAACAGCACAGACGCCAUUGAGAAUUACCUGAUCGCUGGACUGGGUGCCGGCUGGGCGAAUGUUCUAUCUCAGACUGUUGGCUCAGCAGCUUUCAUUCAUUGUGCAAUCACCCAGAACAGCAGUCUGUGUAGCGAUGCAGGCAAGGUCUUGACAAGCAUAUCGAAGAUUUACGAGCGCAACCUGGACAAGGUGAAUCCAACAGCUGAUUAUCAGAACAGUAUAAUGCAGACGGUGCAUGGGGAACGAUGGAUUUGGACUAGCAUACGACUAUACCUAUAACACAAUGGCUGAGGCAAGUCGCACACAGGUGCGUACCACCAUCGUCAAGGCAACGGCCGGUAAGAAGACGUGCGGUGUGAACAAGAAGCCGUACACGUGCAACGGGAAUUGGAACACGUUCCACCUGACACUGUGUACAAUGGCAUUAGCAAUAGAGGGAGAGGAGGGGUAUGAUCCAGAGAUACUGAACCAGUCAAUCACAGUCAUGAAGAACUUCCUGGACUAUGGACUGCAUGCUAGCGGUGCCCCGUUUGAGCCAUUCGGCAAGGGAGCAGUGCAAUCACAGCAUAUGCAUGCCAUGGCUAAGAGAGGUGCCGUCGAGUCAACGGUCCUGCACCCAAACUACCUGGCAUGCGUACGCAACUACUACCUACACGCUAUGCAGCCAUUUGGCUAUGGGUAUGCGUGGUUUGAGGAGUGGGGAGGAACUGGCUCAGCUGGCCGCAUUAUGGAUGUGAUCGUGGCCAAGUAUGCUCUGCCGGACGACAAAACUAUUGACUUUGUGUGGCGCAACAGCAUCAGGGACAGCUACUAUGACACAAUAUUCCCAACGGACGAGGCUUGGUCGGCGUUCUACGGCGUCAUGGACUGGUACUCGGCAAUCGUGCUAUCUCAAGACUGGACCGGCGCACUGGACUGGGAUACGGCGGUGGCAGAUCUCAAUGCUCCACUGGCGUACUUCUGCUCAGAGCGUGGUGUCAUGAUGGCACACUCACACUGGGCGAAAAAUGCCACAUGGCUAGAGUUCAACAUACGAUCAGACUAUUGGUCCGGCGGGCAUGAUCAUCCCGACCGCGGACACUUCAAUUUUGCCAUUCAUGGCCGGAUGUGGGGCAUAUACCCGACGAUAGCGGGUCAGAGUACGACUCCGCCGUUCCUGGAUGGAGAUGGAGCACAAUCUCGACACAAGAGCGUUCUGCUUGUUGAUGGUCUUGGGCACGGAGGUGUUGUGGCACCACCUGGCAAAGCAGAGAAGUACAUUGACAGUGAAGUGGCUACAUUCGCCGUUGCCAAUCUUACCUAUGCGUACACAUACUCCUGGUUUCUGGACAACUGGAAGGAUGCCGAAGGCCACGUUGUGUGUUCGCACUAUAUCCCGGCCGAACCCGAGACCAACACGGUCAAUGAAUUUCAGUUGAACAAGGGCAACGAUACCUGGCUAACUACUCCAAUUUGGCAGCUCGCGGAUGGCAUCAGGCCUCUGUUUGAUGGUGAUCUUCCGCAGAAUAUGUGCCGCACUCUGUACAAUCCUAUGAAGUUGUUCUACUACAGAACCGUGAGCUGGUCUGGUGCCAAGCCAAUGCUCCAAAGGCAAUGCUGUAGCGGAACGCAAUGACUACGCACUGAUCAUGGAUGAUACAGUGGCAGAGAAGGCAGCAGCGGUGAACGUCACCAAGGGUGGCCAUGCUCAACUGCCCGUAUACGAAUGGGUGAUGCAGACUGACAUGGACGUGGUCAUGGCAGCCUACAACGGAACGGACAUCAUUCUAAAGAGUAGCAACGCAAGUGAUCCAUCCCGACUACUGGUACGUGCUGUGGAUAUGGCACCCACUGCCGAUGACCAGAAGGCCACAGUGACAGCAAUGUCAUUGCAGACAUUCAACCAGUGGACUCGCUCUGGAUUUGGCAUGAGCAAUGAUGCACGUCAUGAAGGAUUGGAGAAUGAAGGUGGCCUUGGCAAGCGUUUGGUGAUUGCGACGCGCGCAGUGAACCCACUUUUCAAGAUACUGCUCUACCCGUACAUGUUUGGACAGAGCCUUCCCAUCACAAACCUAGAGAGGGUGAAUAGCUCCACUGCCAAGCUUACAAUCUCAACUUGUGGUGGGGAGCAAGUUGAUACAUUUGACUUGAGUACGGACGGCACCACAGGCCGCACUGGAUUCACAAUGGCACGGAAUGGAAAGCAUGUCAUCGAUGUAUAGGGGAAUGAUUACAGAAAACCUCGUUGUGAAUAACGACCUCGGACACUUUUCUCAUCCACAAUCGAGGGUCGUUAUUCCCAAGCUAGGUUGACUAUACAUGUAUAUUAUUAAUAAUGCUAUACAAUGCUUAUGGCUUUACUGGCCUGGCUGCUGCUGGGAAUUAGAAAGCAUCUAAGAGACAUGUGCGGUCCUUCCAGGAACAUGACACAUUCUACCAGUACCUCUUUCUCAUUGCAAACCAUGAUUUCAGUCUCUUCUCGUCACCCUACACGUACUCGACUAUCUAUAAAGUACUAGCAAUUGUUUCUAAAUCACAUACAUGUAGUGCUACCACGAUGCAGCAACUUGUACACCCGAUGCACCUGCUUCCCGUUGAUCUUUCCCUAAAUCACGGGAAGUCCCGGGCUACGAGUGCUGCAAUUGUUCACUAUCGUAAUAUCCUAUUUCUGCAUGCCGCAGUGCCGGCAUGAAGGUAUGCCGUCGAGGUCUUACGAUAGCACUGUCUGUGUACGGUUUAGGUGGAGUGUAGAGAUGCUGGUACGUGACGUAACGUUAGUUGAACGCACAAGCUGGACCAUUGCCGCAUCUA